AUGUCGAACCUCAACUCUUGGGAGGACGAUCCUGCGGCCCAGGACGAGAACCUGGCCCAGCAGGCCCAGCAGCAGCUCAACAUGAACGCUGCCCCUCAGCCCGGCGUCUUCCGUCCUGGCGCAGCCUCGUUCCAGCCCACGGCCCAGACCUUCCAGCCCGGCCAGGCCUUUGGCGGGGGUUAUGCGCAGCAGUAUCAGCAGCAGCAAUACUACGGACAGCAGCAGGGCUUCUACCCGCAGUACGGCGCCGGCCAGGGCUUUGACCAGUACAACCAGUACCAAGGCUACGGCGGUGGCUACAACCAGGGCUACAACCAGACCUAUGGCCAACAGGGAUACCAUCAACAGGGUCAGCAGCAGGCGCAGCGAGCCCAGCAGCCCGCUCCCCAGGCCCCCAAGAACAAUACCACGCAGGCUGCGCCUGUGAAGUCGCUCCCCGUCGAGAAGCCCGCCGCCCCCGCGGCCGCUGCCAGCGCACCCAAGCCCGUCGUUUCCAACGAGGGUGGUGCCAAGGUCCUCAGCAUCGGAGGCGAUGCAAAGCCCAAGACCAAGGUGCUGUCGAUUAGCUCCACUACCUCCGCCCCGGCUCCGGCCCCGGCCAAGGAGGACGCCAAGCCCGAGCCGUCCAACGAGCCGGACGCGGGCAAGAAGGCUUCCGCCGUCAAGGCUAUCGAAAAGACUGGCGAGGCGGCCGGCAAAGCGGCCGGCAGCGGCAAAUCCUCCGGAAGAACGUCUCCCGACCCAUCAUCCGGCCGCUCCAGCCCUACCGGUGCGGCAGAGAAGAAGGCCCAGCGCGAAGUCGAUGCGGUUCUGAAGGCGCAAACCGCCGAUGUGGACGAUGAGACGCUCAAGGAGAUUUACGGCAAGGAACACGUCAACAUCAUCUUCAUCGGACACGUCGAUGCAGGCAAGUCAACGUUGGGUGGCUCCAUCUUGUGGACCACCGGCAUGGUCGAUGAGCGUACCAUGGAGAAGUACAAGAAGGAGGCCAAGGACCUGGGCCGUGAAUCUUGGUAUCUCUCUUGGGUCAUGGAUUUGACCAAGGAAGAGCGAACCAAGGGCAAGACCGUCGAGGUCGGCCGUGGCUUCUUCGAGACUGAGAAGCGACGCUACAGUAUCCUGGAUGCUCCAGGCCACAAGACAUACGUGCCCAGCAUGAUUGGCGGUGCUUCGCAGGCAGACGUGGGCAUUCUCGUCAUCUCAGCGCGAAAGGGCGAGUACGAGACGGGUUUCGAGAGAGGAGGACAGACGCGUGAGCACGCCAUGCUUGCCAAGACGCAGGGUGUCAACAAGCUCAUUGUGGCGAUCAACAAGAUGGACGACCCGACGGUGGAGUGGUCCGAGGAGCGUUACAAGGAGUGUACGACCAAGCUGCAGCAGUUCUUGAAGGGUACUGGCUACAACCUGAAGACGGAUGUCUACUUCAUUCCCGUGGCCGCCCAGAUGUCCUUGAACAUCAAGGACCGAUUGCCCGAAGGAAUCGCCCCCUGGUGGAAGGGACCUUCACUGCUGGAGUACCUUGACAGCAUGCAGGCAUUGGAACGCAAGGUCAACGCGCCCUUCAUGAUGCCCAUCAAUGCCAAGUACCGAGACCUGGGUACUAUGGUUGACGGCAAGAUCGAGGCGGGUGUGAUCAAGAAGGGCAUGCAGCUGGUCAUGAUGCCCCGGAAGCAGCCGGUCGAGGCCGCAGCCAUUUACGGAGAGCAGGAAGAAGAGCAGACCAUUCUGCAGUGCGGUGACCAGGUGCGUCUGCGUCUCAAGGGCAUCGAAGAAGAAGAUAUCCUGCCUGGGUUCGUGCUCUGCUCGCCGAAGCGAUUGGUGCACUGCGUUUCCGAGUUUGAGGCGCAAAUUCGCGUCUUGGAGCUCAAGAGCAUCCUGACCACUGGCUUCAAUUGCGUGCUGCACGUGCACGCUGCCAUUGAAGAAGUCACCUUUGCGGCUCUGCUGCACAAGCUGCAGAAGGGCACCAACCGCAAGAGCAAGCUGCCUCCCACACACGCCAAGAAGGGCGACAGCAUCAUUGCCAGGCUUCAGGUGACUGGAGGCGCCGGCAUGGUUUGUGUCGAGAAGUUUGAGGAUUACCCGCAGAUGGGUCGUUUCACCCUGCGAGACCAGGGACAAACCAUUGCCAUUGGCAAGAUUACGAAACUCAUUACCAGUGAGGAUCAGUAA